GUCGCGAACAGCACCGUGCCGUUGGGUCGAAAGGUGGCGAGCCAGCGACAAGGAUGCGAGCCGCAGGUAACCACGACGACAACCCGUUCAGUUGUGAAAUCAUUGCGUCCCAUAUAACACUUCCAUGGUCACGUUUGCUGUCUCCCCCGUCGAGGCCAACAAGGUCGAGCUGAACGAGUGGGAGAGACCCACGGGACAUCCUGUGGCCGAGCGACGAGAGUACAAAGACGCCAACUGCCGCGACGUUCUACAGGCGUCGCCAAACCUUGACGCACGCAUUGGAUCACCCAACGGGUUUGUCCAUGGCGUCGUGCGGGCAUACAACAACCACCACCAUCUCGUGCUGCGUCCAGAUGACGUCUGGCUUGCCAUCAUGACGCAGUUUGGCUUGUUUGUGAACAAGAACGCCGAGGACUUGCGCCACGCACUGGUCAAGCACCAAGAAGGUCAAAAGGAACUUGUGGUGAAGGACGUCGGAUCGCUGCGAACUGUGGACUACGGAUACAUGGCAACCCAAAUGAUCGAUCAAAUGACGGACCACCUCGUCGACCCUGCGCUCAGCGAGUGGGUGCUGCCGUCGUUCAGCACGACGACGUUUCACGACCGCAUCGUCGGCAGUGUUGUCAUGAUGGCGUCCAUGAAAAAGUACUUUACGUACUCAUGCCAGCUCGCGUGCGGCAUCCCGACGGUGACGCUCCUCGGGACUGUCUCGGAUUGGGAAGACAUUCGCCGACGAGCGGACAAACUCGCCACGUUUGGUGAUCUGACAACAAAGUGGAUGAGCAUGCUUACACCAGUGUUGGACCAAUUCGUGGCAGCGGCCAACAACAAGCCCGACGUCGAGUUUUGGCAGCGCAUCUGCCAUUCUGUCUCGCACGGGUCGGGAUCGUGUCACCUCAGCGGGUGGAUCACGGUCUUUUCAGUGUUUGACGACGCGGGCGUGUGGCAGGGCGAUCUGGAUGCCGUUGAGAUCUUACAGAUACGCAAAGCCAGGCCAGGGGAAUUCACACCGUAUGGGUCACAUGUGCGCGAAAUGGUGAAACUUGGCGGGGACUUUCCUGUCGUCGAAGUUGGAAAAGUCACUGCGGGUUACCUCACUGUGGAUGUCAAGAUCGACGACAACGGGACCGAGUACAAAUCGGUCAUGUUUGCAGGUCACUUGGCGUACGAAGCCUUGGUCGACGGCACCUCGAUCCAGCCGACGCUCGCGUGGGCCAUUGCGCUCAAGUAGAAGAGAUCGUUCAUGACGACUUGAGUUGGCUGGGGCAAUCGAGGAUGCCUCCGAUUUCCAUGACAUGUCCUGCGUACGGUCGCCCCAUUCAUGGCGCGUUUUUGACGUCAUCGUUUUGAGUUUUGAAACUCUUUGAAAGAUAAUUGCUUCAUGUCGCCUUCUCGCACAUCUGCCACUGGGGAGGAUGCUUUGGAUCUUGUCCGAGCUAGUUGUACAAUACAACAAAAACGUCGGUGACGACUUCUCGACUCGCUAGGGGACUGCAGUGUGGUGCUGCCCCAUCCCCUGGCCUGGGAUUCUGGGCUCACUCGGAUCGAUCAUUGCGAGCAUCCGAGUUGGUCGAGCCUGUUGCCCAUGCUUUGGGUGGCGCGGCCAA